AUGGCCUAUCCAGCAAAUUUUCCGGAAACAAAACGAGCCCAAUUUGACCAAUUAAAAACAGAAGCAUCAUCAGCAAGUUUGAAUGCACAAAUUCAAUUGGGUAAAAUGUUAAUUGAUGAGAAUGUUAUCGAGCUAGAUUCGGCUCUCGAUAUGACUGAAGCUCGAUACAACCGCGACAUUAGACCAACAAUGAAUGUAAGCGAAAUAAUUUAAAAAAAAACAGAGCCUGACUACAUUGAUAAUUUUCAGAUGGUUCAAUUCAAAGUAUGGAUCGUGGGAGUGACUCCUCAAUUAAACCAAGCUGUUCUGGAUCUGACCGAGAAACAUCCAACGACGCCGAAUGACUUCACGAUUCUUCUACCUGCAGCGUACUCAAAAAGCCUAGUAUUGACCAUUCGAGCAAUAUCGAAUAUCUUGAAAAUUGAACAAGGAAGAUUGCAAAAAUGGGAGGUGUAUCGCAAGAUUAUAAAAGAAAAUAUUGAAAUUGAUGCAUUGCAGAAGCGUGUAAAUACGGAAAAGAAGUUGCCACAAAGAAAGUGUGGAGUUUUGGUAUUUGAAAUAUCAAAACCGAUCAAUUAUCGCCAUCAGUUCAAGGAGUUUCUAACGUAAGUGAAACAAUCAGAUAUUUUGUUCCCUAAAUAACUCAGAAUUUUUCAGUUUGUGA